AUAUAUAAGACCUCCACCUACCCCGUCGCCCAAUGUUUCCUGGAUGACGGCGCUGGUCCUGAUAUACAUCCUUCUGUUCGCUGUACCUGCUGUGCCUCAGGGCAACUACCAGCCCGCAGGUACAGCAUUUGAUAAAGGAGGAUGCGGCCCUGGACAGUUAAGACACGUCAACGGCAGAUGCGUUACUCCACGCGUCAGUCGUCGUGUGUAUUUGUUUGAAAUCCCAGCACCGCCACCCCCCUCCCACAUUCCUCCACCUCAUAUUCCAGAGCCUACCGUAGAAGUCACCGACAUGCUCAUAAAGAUACCAGAAAGAGGACAAGCCCCUCCUCCGAUCAUCGUGCCCCCUCCGAGACAACGAGACGUCCUGUACGUUCUUAACAAGCAGUCACCGCAAGACCAACGGGUGAUCGAAGUCCCAGCUCCUCCCUCUUUCAACCAUGAGGUUUACUUCGUCGACUAUGCUGACGGUGACAACCCAACUUUACCGAGUGGAUUUGAUCUGGCGGAGGCCCUGAGAGUCGCCUCACAGCAACAUGCCGCUCUGGUUGAUGACGGCGUUUCAGCCCUUCAUCGCAACAGCCAGAGUGGAGUCAGUGGCUUACUCGCCGGCGAGGGAACUUUCUCUAACAUUUUCCCUGGCAAGUUCAGUCUCGACUUUGAUGACACGGAUUUUCCCGUUAACGAAAUUCCAAGUAUAUCUAGCCUCGCUGACUUGGAUUCGAGGCUAACGGCCAUUUUGGAUGGUAACGAUGAUAUCAGAUUCGAUCACGACCAAUUUCUUACCGAUGGCGGAAGUCCUGGGAAUAAUGAGAUAUAUGACACCACCUUUGAUAUUGACUUUGAUUUUGAAAAUAAUGAAUUCGCUAUUCAUAGCCCAUCAGAAAUAGCAAGACCACCAGCACCUAUUCCGAUAAGACCACCGGCAAGCAUCGAUUAUCCUGAGUAAUAAUUUUACAUGGUAUUUGAUUCCAAGUUUCUGGUACCAAAUGUUCAAAUUUUUCUUGUCUUCUACACCUGCUCAAAUCCGCACUCACGUACAUACACCCGGUCUCAUGCCAAUACAAGUUCUUGCACUCUGAGCGCUAGUCAGCCCCGCCCUCAUUGGCUCAGUCCCAAACACUCGUAAGUUGUUGCAUAUGCCCUGCUUGCCACAUGGCAUUUCACAAGAACAAGGCGUUAUUUCAAUGUUUGUUAUCAGUCCUUGUGUAGUCUCUUUAUCUGUUAACAGUGUGCUGCAGGCAACACCACUGAACAGGAACUGUACAUAACUGUAUACUAUUUUGUGUAUCAUGUAGCCACCCUUGUGAUAGUACUCUACUGUAGCAGUGCUAAUAACGGUGACGCCUAAAUAACAUGUAGAUUUAUUUUAA